AGUGGACGAGGGGAGGCUGACGACGCCACACAGCUGAGCGAUGUCAGACUUACAACUGCGCGCAUACCAGGAGGAAGUGGUCGAAAGGGCUCUUCUGGGAGAAAACAUCAUCAUCUGGCUGCCGACGGGAGGUGGAAAGACCCGAGCGGCCGUGUACGUGGCCAAAAGACACCUGGAGACCACGCCACAGGCUAAGGUGGUGGUCCUGGUAAACAAGGUUCACCUAGUAGACCAACAUCACACGAAAGAGUUCCAUCCUCACCUGGGCCGCGACUACACCCUGGUGGCGGUCAGUGGGGAGAGUAAGGAGAAGGACUUCUUUGGGCCAGUGGUGAAGAAAUCACAAGUGGUCAUCUGCACCGCUCAGAUCUUGUACAAUGCUCUGACGACCACGGAGGAGACCAAACAUGUUGAGCUCUCAGAUAUCACUCUGCUUAUAAUUGACGAGUGUCACGGCACCAACAAGGACUCAGUCUACAACAAGGUGAUGGCGUGCUACAUGGAGAAAAAGUUGAAAAAAGAUCUACCAUUGCCACAGAUCUUGGGUCUCACUGCCUCACCGGGAUCAGGUGGCGCAAAGAACCUGCAAAAGGCAGUUAAUCAUGUACUGGAGAUUUGUGCCAACCUGGACUCAGCUAUAGUUUCAACUAAAACCCAUGUCUCCGAGCUGAAGCAGAUGGUACCCAGACCCAUCAAGACGUUUGACAUUGUGGAGAAAAGGCUUAAGGAUCCAUUCGGGGGUCAUCUUAAGUCCAUGAUGCAGAUGAUCCAUGAGUACAUGACGGUUCCUCCAGACUUCAGACUGAGACAGUUUGGCACACAAGAGUAUGAGGCAGAUGUGGUGAUAAUCGAGCGGCAAGGAGUAAGUCAGGACAACAGACUGCUAGCACAAUGUGCUCUCCACCUCAGACAGUACAACAACGCCCUGCUCAUCAACAGCACCCUGCGAAUGAUGGACGCCUAUCGCUCCCUGGAGGAGUUCUACAUCAACAGGUCGAACACAGCAGUUGAUGGAACAGACAUCUUCCUGGUGGGACUUUUCCAAGAGAACCAGGUGGAGCUGCAGAAACUGGCGAAAGAUUCUCUCUACGAGAACCCGAAGAUGGGCAAACUUGAGAGCACUCUGCUCAAUCAGUUUGGUCCAAGCCGGGCAUCAAAGGGAAUCCUCUUCAGUAAAACACGUAAAAGCAUCCAUUGCCUGUAUGACUGGAUUCUGACCAAUGAAGCCUUGCAGGAAGCUGGCAUCAAGGCAGCCAUCCUCACCGGGGCUGGCAAUGGUAUCACUUACAUGACGCAGAACGAGCAGGCGGACACAAUCCGCAAAUUCCGUCAGGGUACCAUCAACCUCCUGAUCUCCACCAGUGUGGCUGAAGAAGGCCUUGACAUCCCUGAGUGCAACCUGGUGGUACGCUAUGGGCUGCUUACAAAUGAGAUUGCCCAGCAGCAGGCUAGCGGACGUGCCAGAGCGACAGACAGCCAGUAUUCAGUGGUCGCCGAGGAAGGGGGACAGGAGGUGAAGCGGGAGCUCACCAAUGAAUAUCUGGAAGACCUGACUGGGAAAGCCAUUGCUCAGGUCCAAGAUAUGAGCCCUCGAGAGUUUCGCACAAAGGUGGGGCUGCGGCAUCUUCAUCCUUUACUCUCUUACUGCGGAGUGAUUCUGCCAUCAUCUUUUGUUCGUCUUUGUCUCCAGAUUACUGAGCUACAAACCGAGGCACUUAUUUGCAGAAAACGUGCAGAGACAUGCAAAAUACAGAAGAGGAGUUGCAACACUGCUGCCAGCAUCCAGCUGUUGUGCCGAACAUGUUUUACGCCGGUGGCCUCUGGGAGUGAUAUUAAACUUCUUGCCAAAGGGCACUAUGUCAAUGUCAACCCUGACUUUGAGAAACACUACACCACCGGUGGGGAAGUGAACCUAGGAAAGAGUUUUGAGGACUGGGAGCCUGGGCGUACGGUCAAUUGUAGCAAGUGCAAACAGAAGUGGGGAUAUGAGAUGAAGUACAAGAAGUGUGUCGUGCUGCCCAAUCUAGCCAUUAAAGAGUUGGCCCUGAACACCCCUCAUGGCAGGAUAACUGUGAAGAAGUGGAAGGAUGUCCCUUUCACUGUCGAGGACUUCAGCUUUGAAGAGUACCAAAAAGACAACUUCGAUGAUUUCCUUGAUUGAGACACCAGCAAGAGAGCUGUGUGGGUUUCCCCCCCCCCCCGACCUCACAUGUACAUGUUUAUCUUCUAUUGGUGUUCGAUUGCCUGUGCUCAUUUAGAGAGUGCGUCAUUGUCCUGUUCAGGUGCUUAAAUACAAAGGCAGGCUUUUCUAUACAAAAAGAAACCUGCUACGCAUCGAUCAUGCUUGAAACUAGCACGGCGGCUUUGUUUAUGCCCACGGUUCUAACUCCCGUUGCAUGUUUCUGUGCGUAUUUCCUCGGCUCCAUGCCAAGUCAAGCACAGAAACAAAGCACACAAUGAGCUCAGCUGUAACAUGAACCUUCAUGCACACGGUCAUGACGGAGAUGUGUCUUUUAGCUAUUUUAAGAUGGUUUUAAUGAGUAACUUACUUUUCACAGUAUGCAUGUGUGUGGUGUGUGGAUAUUGUGUAUGUACUGAUAAUCUCAAAUAAUGUAUGUACUUAUUCAAGUGUUUUACAGGAUACACCGGUAAACACUUUGAUUUUAUUAUGUUACUGUAUAUUAUUUUAUAACAACAAAUUAUGGACAAUAUCAUUAAACAUUCCUCCUAAAAUGCCAAACAGA